UAAAGCUUCAGCGCACUGUCCCGCAGUCACACUGGAACACUGAGUCAUUGUUCUUCAGCUAGCUGUCUAGGAAAGGCCCUGGAUAUGGCUACGUCUAUACUUGGGGAAGAGCCUCGGUUUGGAACUACCCCUUUAGCGAUGCUGGCUGCGACCUGCAACAAAAUUGGCAACACCAGUCCCCUCACGACUCUCCCCGACUCCAGUGCGUUCUCCAAAGGCGGAUUUCACCCUUGGAAGAGAUCCUCGUCGAGCUGCAAUUUAGGCUCCAGCCUGCCCGGAUUCACAGUCGCCACAAGCCGAAGCACCUCCGGACUAACGACCACCACCGGCACGGGCAACAGCGCGUUCUGCCUGGCCUCGACCUCUCCGACCUCGUCGGCUUUCUCCGCCGAAUACAGCAGCUUGUUCUCCAACACAACCAGCGUUUCUUCGCAGGACUCAGGACAGUCUGCGUUCAUUUCCAAAGUUCACUCUUCUGCAGACACUUUAUACCCGCGCGUCGGCAUGGCGCACCCGUACGAAUCCUGGUACAAGUCCGGCUUUCACUCCACCAUUUCGGGCGAUGUGGCCAACGGGGCGUCCACGUGGUGGGACGUGCACACAAACCCAGGCUCGUGGCUCGAAGUGCAAAAUCCAGCAGGCACUUUGCAAAGUUCGCUGCACUCCGGGACCCCCCAAGCAAUCCACUCCCAGCUAAGCGGCUACAACCCGGACUUCUCCAGCCUCACGCACUCCGCGUUUAGCUCCACCGGCAUCAGCCCCACCGCGUCUCACCUCCUUUCCACUAGUCAACACCUGUUGACGCAGGAGGGGUUCAAAACUGUGAUUCCCACAUACACGGACGCGUCAGCCACGAAUGCCAUGAUAUCAGGCGCCAGCUCUGGCAUCGGAACUUCAUCCAGAUCCUCCAGGAGAUACUCCGGGCGGGCCACAUGCGACUGCCCGAACUGCCAAGAGGCGGAGCGGCUCGGGCCUGCAGGCGCCAGCCUGCGGAGAAAAGGACUUCAUAGCUGUCACAUCCCGGGGUGCGGGAAAGUCUACGGGAAAACAUCUCACCUCAAAGCGCAUCUGAGGUGGCACACCGGUGAGAGGCCCUUUGUGUGCAACUGGCUUUUUUGCGGUAAAAGAUUCACCAGAUCCGACGAGCUCCAGAGGCACCUGCGCACCCACACCGGGGAGAAGAGGUUUGCGUGCCCGGUGUGCAACAAGCGCUUCAUGAGGAGCGACCACUUGAGCAAACACAUCAAAACACACACCGCUGGAGGCGGAGGCAAAAAGGGAAGCGACAGCGACACCGACACCAGCAACCUGGAGACCCCCAGGUCCGAGUCGCCCGAACUGAUUUUGGAGGGUGUAAACCCGCGGGUCACGGUCAAAGAUCAGUCUCCGCACCACGAGUCCUGAGCACGAUUUUACGACAAUGACCUCAAAGCGGUUGUUUCUCUCUCCCCCUCUCUCUCUCUCCAAGGUGAAUCAAGAAAAGGAAACGGGUCUGGAGUAUGUGACAUUUCUUUAGACUUUUGCAUUGGAAAGAGUGAAUUCAGUGCAACACUGGCUAUAUUUCUGCUCCGCACAGACAAACACCUCACCUUCCAGGACGAUUCAAAGUCUCGGAAAGGCACAAUAACAGUGGACACUCGGUGUGGAAUCAGUGCGCAAAAGAGGAACUAAAUAGCCUAGCUUCGGCUGAGCUAACUGUGUACAUAUAUCCACAAAAAUAUCAUGUUAUUUUUUUUCUCCUCCUGUAAAUGUUACUUAUGACUGUUUUGUGGUGGAUCCUGAAAUUCAGGGAAUUUUCUUUCCUUUCGACGCACUUUGUGGAUGUCAGUAUGUAUGUUACACAGCUAUUUAAAAUUCAUUUAACCUUUCCUUUACCAGGCUUAAAAAAAAUAUAUAAAUGUUUAAUUGUAUAAAGUCACGCUUAUAAGGCUUUCAUUUUGUAAUUAAAGGGAUUUAAAAUCGAAA